AUGCAGCUCCCAUCUCACAGAGCCUUGCAGCGAAUCGCCAUCCAAGCAGAAAGCGUUAGAAAUAUUCGCUGGACAUGUCUUCCACUAGAGCUCCGACGCAUGAUUCUACAAUUUUUAGCCGACGUUUUGACCUCUGAAGAGCUCCCUCUCGCCAUCUACGCAAGCGUUUCGAAAGAAUGGCAGAGCUUUUUCGAACCGUUGCUCUGGCAAAAGUUGACCUUCCGGCCCUGGACUUCAAAGUCGAACUUUCAAGGCUUUCGCGAGGCUAUCCAAAGACAUCACAGAUAUCUCAUUAAGCCCAUCUCCCUUUAUCUGAGAAUGGAAGAAUAUCGUUGCUAUCGAUGCCUUCGGGAGGUCGGAGGCCAACAUACAAUUAUCGAGAGAGAGAGGGUACUUUUUGAAAACUUGGAAAAGCUCUUCUCUAUUUUUGCUCUUUGGACCGAAAAUAUACCCAAAAGUGGUAUUUCGCUUGGACUAAAGGGUAUCUUGGUUCCAAACGCGGGCGAUCGGAGGCGUGGUCGCCGUCGCUGUGUCCACCGUCGAUCACCCGCCAUCAUGGAUCUAUUCGCGGAAAUCCGUACCAUCAACAGCGUCAUCAGCAAGCAAGGGCCUGUUGAGCUGGUACCUAGCAUCACUGCGAUUUCCAUCUGCCAAACACUCUUUUGGAGCUAUUCCUCUAUCUUACUCUUUCAGCUCCGCGACAGCUUUCCGUGCCUUCAACGACUCGAUUUUGAACAACAGCUGGGAACGACACAAACCUUUCAACAGGCAACCGGAAAUAGAUUCGCAUUUUCAAUUGCACAUCGAGUCCCGUCGCUGCAGAAGCUAUCCAUAUGGGAGUCUCGGUCCAAAUUGAUAUCUGAAGCUCAAAGUCAAAGUGACUCCAAGCAAGCAAACGGGCCAGCAGCUGUGCUCCAGACCGCAGUUCCAGCCAGUUUUCAUCUCAAGGAACUAGCAAUCACAUAUGUCAUCGACGCAAGAGAUUUCUUCUCCCACUUCAACUCUUUAAUCUCAUCGGGCGAGGAAUUACCUUCUUGCGUGCUGGAGCGACUAGUUCUCAGCUGCCAACUUGGGCGACUGCUUGUUAGUCCUAUAGAGGUAGAUUGUCUACUUGUCGCAGCAAGCCAAGCAGCUACAUGCAUGCCUCAUUCAAAGAUGUUGGAAAUGUGGAGUCCUGGUUUCGGAGAAGGCUUCCUUUUCAGGUACGAGAUUAAGGAGAGCGAAAUCAAUCUCACGAUGGCUGCGACUUGGCAAUUCGACAUCAUUUCUUGGCAACAUGGUCGAGGGUGUAAGGUUUUACGAGCUUGGGAGGAGGUAGCGAGCCGAUAUACAGACCGAAGAUUCAACCGUGCCAUUGAGAGCAUCGACACGGUGGCUCUACCCAAGACGUACAGUAUUUGCAGGUGUCUGAAAUCUUUCAGACUCAUUCGAAAAUGGAGAAGUCCUUGA